AUGGAGGAAUCGGGGUCAUCCCAAGGCUUGGGUUCUUCCGCGGCUCAAAAGGGCCCUUACGUGAAGUCAGUGCCUGGGCAGGUCUGGAAAAAGGUGAAGUGUGACGGAACUUUGCCUUCUUGCAAAGCAUGCACAGCAGCAAAUGUGCCAUGUGUUGUCUCUAUGAGGCUUCGGAGACGUACCAAAAUCCGCGGCUUUCAUACAUCCGCUGAACAGAAGAUAGAUAAACUUCAAGCGGAAAAUGAGGAGCUCAGAAAACUACUGCAGAGGGAACAAGUUGCAAAUGCUGCCGUCCGAUCUCAAGCACCCAAGGCCGGAUCCUCAUUCCCUACAGACAUGGUGUCCCCGAGGUCGAAUGUACCCAGAGGCAAGCCAACAUCAAUAAAUGCGGUAGCCGAUCAAACUGAGCCCCUCAUUAGACAUAUGGGUCGUCUCGUACUUGACUGUGACGGUAUUGAACGAUUCGCAGGAUCUACCACUGGAGUACAUUUCAUUCUGUCAGUCCAGCAGACACUCCAGGAGAGGGGUGCAUUCAGUGGAUGGUUUCCAGACAACUGCUUCCGCAUGCAUGUCAUGACCCCGGCAAGUUCUGCAAUGUCGGCUCCUAGUUUCGACCGAGACUCGCUCCUUCAGACUCAGGAUACCAUUUUCGCCUUAUCCGGGCUUCAACCUGAUUUUAUCAUGAGGCAAAUUAGGCAUUUCGUUGUUUCUUGGGCAUCCUUGUGCCCAGUAAUUAUUUCGAAAGAGAUAUCACGACGUGGAGUAGAGCUUUUCUCCCGCAUGCAACAAAGAGGUGUAUACACUUCAGGCAUCGACGACAACAAUACGCUUCUGCAACUCAUUUUGAUUUUUCUCAUCAACACAACGGAAACAGGUGAUGCGCAGCUCAAUCUCCUCAUUCCCAAUGAUAGAGAGGAACGGCUACUCCGAGCUGCGGCGUCACUGCUCCCAGCCAUCAUGAUUGAUGGGCAGUUGUCCAGUUUACAAAGCGUCGUCCUUGUUUCCUUUUUCUACCAAAUCACUGGCCAUCACACUUCCAAUAUAAACCUCCGCGGGGUCCUACUUCAGAAGGCACAGUCUCUUGGACUCCAUCGACACUCCAGGCGCUUUAAGUUCUCCGCAGCAGAGGUCGAACUAAGGAAAAGACUGUGGUGGUACAUAUAUGCCCUUGACAAGUCGAUUGCCAUCGCUCAUGGACUGCCUCGAACCGUCAAUGAUGCCGAUGUAGACGUCGAUUACCCUUUAGACGGCGACCUCGAGGACAUGUCUGGGAUGGGAAUGAGUCUGCCCCUCCCAGGAGAGACAACACCGGUCCACGAUUUCAUCCGAUUCUGCCAUCUUAGUCGAGUCCUAUCUUCCAUGCUGUCGCAGUUGUACACAACGACGGAUCGUCGCGGUGGGCCUGAAAAGAUCAGCAGACUCGAUCAACAGUUACGUACUUGGCACGACAGAUUUGACGAGUCCCUGAAUCAUACGGAAGAUAUUGGCUCUCCUCCGUCAAGCAUUUCUGACCACAAACAUUUGACAUCAGUGUGGUUGCCGUUGAUGGAACACGUUGCCAGAUUACUGAUUCAUCGUCCUGGACUCACAUUUGAUCCAAGCACACCUAAAUUCCGAGAGUGUCUUGCGGUUUGUACGGACGCCAGUUCUGAGAUUGUUGAUAUAUGCACGCGCACUGCUCCAGCUGCGCUGAGGGGAGUCAUCCCACCAGUGCACGCUCUGGUCUUCCAGUGUGGGAUGAUGCACAUAUUCUACCAUCUGCACUCUUCGGGUAAUGGCCAGCACUCCAGCGAGUUUCAUGAAGAGUCCAGCGCAGCUGUUGUCGAACGUGCUAUCGUGUUACUCAGCACUGCAUCGGCUGAGAACCGGGAUUCUGGACAUUUCGUUCGCACCAUUAAUGACUCCGUUGCGUUACUACAGUCCCUCUCGCGGGUGGUCUUGCAGCAUGGUCGACAUAAGUCAAGAACGCCACAGACAUCCGAAACUGAGAAUCUUGGCACGGGGGAGUUUCAAGACGGCCUAGGCACUUGUGUCCUGGAUCUCGAUUCGGGAAUUGAUGAACUUGGUGACAUCAAUCAACUGGAAUCUUUGAGCUGGGUAUUUGACGACGCAGACAGCCCAUUCAUAGGCCUUACAGACGGGUAA